CUUGCCCCCCGUCUUGCUGACUUCUUCCUCGUCGAACCGGGGGUUGUUGACUAAAUUGUGCACUCCGAGGACAGCUGAGGACGCAGAGGACACAGGACACAUCAGUGGGACGAGCGGAAAGGAAACUCAGCGAAGGGAGAAAAGUGGCAGCUCUUCUUGAGAGAUCAUUUUGGGCAGUUAAAAAGUGACAGACCCAAGCCAUGGCACUCCCUUUCCGGAAGGAUUUGGAAAAAUACAAGGAACUCGAUGAAGAUGAACUCCUUGGUAAUCUUUCAGAAAAUGAGCUGAAACAACUGGGAACUGUUCUGGAUGACCUUGACCCAGAUAAUGCGCUUCUGCCCGCAGGCUUCAGGCAGAAAAAUCAAACGGCUAAGAACGCCACGGGGCCCUUCGACCGGGAUCACCUUCUUUCAUAUUUGGAAAAAGAAGCAUUGGAGCACAAAGACAGGGAAGACUUUGUACCCUUCACUGGAGAGAAAAAAGGAAAAAUAUUCAUCCCCAAACAGAAACCAGUACAGUCUUUCGCAGAAGAAAAAGUGUCCCUUGAUCCAGAGCUAGAAGAGGCCCUGACAAGUGCCUCCGACACAGAAUUGUGCGAUCUUGCAGCUAUUCUUGGGAUGCACAAUUUGAUCACUAGCAGUCAGUUCUGCGAUAUAGUAGGAAACAGUAAUGGUGUGGGCCAAGAUAAUUUUUCAAACGUGGUGAAAGGUGAAAAGAUUCUACCGGUGUUUGAUGAACCACCGAAUCCCACAAACGUCGAAGAGAGUCUGAAGAAAAUUAAAGACAAUAACUCUCGUCUCAGUGAAGUUAAUUUGAACAACAUUAAGAACAUCCCGAUUCCAGUCCUAAAGGAGUUUGCAAAAGCUCUGGAAGCCAACACCCACGUGACGUGUUUCAGCCUCGCAGCCACCCGCAGCAAUGAUCCCGUUGCAGUUGCUUUCGCAGACAUGCUGAAAGUAAACAAAACCCUGAAGAGUUUAAAUGUGGAGUCCAAUUUUAUCACGGGAGUUGGCAUCCAAGCCCUGGUUGAUGCUUUGAAAGAGAAUGAAACCCUGUCAGAGAUCAAGAUCGACAACCAGAGGCAUCAACUGGGGACAGCUGUAGAAUUGGAAAUUGCCAAGAUGCUUGAGGAAAAUACAAAGAUCCUUAAAUUUGGGUAUCAGUUUACGCAACAGGGACCACGAACCAGGGCAGCGAAUGCCAUAACGAAAAACAAUGAUUUAGUUCGCAAGAGACGAGUUGAAGGAGACCAAUAAGUGCCAGAUUUCGUGUCAACAAGGAACACUUCAUCGCGUCACCGAGGAUAGUUCUUCAGUGAUUUCAGACAAGUUGCCUGGGUAGAAGGGAAAAGACUGGAAGCGCAUUCCUUUUUUUAUUAUUGUUAUUAUAAUUAUUAUUAUUCAAUGAGCAACACUUUUUCGAGUUAAGGUGUUACAAGCACCGAACUGUAAAAAACUGUUCAGAACCUUAUGUUUCAAUAUUUUAUUACUGCUUAAAAAUCAAUUGUAGUGUAGGUUCAGAGAAUGUGAAGGAUGAAUACAGAGAAAGUAUUGUUAGAAGGAAAAGUUGGAGGGGUCAUUUGAAUGGAAAGCAUUGUGUAUUUUGAGAACAAUAACUUUUUGUUGCAAAGGGAUUUUUCCACACAGAAGUAAUCGGCUUUGAUCUGGUGGUUAUGACCUCAGCCUUCUUUCCGUUCAUGAGCAUUGAGAGUUAAAUCAUCUACAGAUGUGUCACGGUAGCUGUUGCUCCCUUAUAAAGUUGUUUUGCUCUCCUGGUAUUAUGAUCAAGCUUCAAUCUUAGCUUUUCUUUAGAAAACAUGGUCCUAAAGAGGCCUAGUUGUGCUUUCUCGCAAGAAAAGUAAAGACCGUAAAUAACUUCUAAGGUUUUUUAAAAAUGUAGAAUGUAUAGCAUCCUGUCAGAACCAAAUCAAGCUGCCAUGAAAAUUUUUUAAAGCAUCAGUGAUUUUUUUUUGUCUUCUGCUGAUCUCAGCUGGGUAUACGUUGACUUAUUUUACAAGUUCAACAGCCAUAAGGCAAAUUUUGUACCUUGUAUAAAGGCACGUGUGCAAAUAUUUCUAAAUGCAUGAGAGUUCCUUCAAGCAGUACACUGUAGUGGAAAACACAUUUCUACGAUUCGAAGAGCCCGUAAAGCUAAUUCUCAAUUAUUCAGAGUAAUGGCGGGGGCGGAAAGUCUUGUCAUCACAACCGAACUCUUAAGAUUGUGAUGAGACUAUGAACAUCUGCUAACAUUUAUCUGAAAAUGAAUGUUGAGUUGUCUACAUUUUUGAAUUAGAAACUAACCCUUGUAUAGGUUGAUUUCUACCAUCGUCCAACACUGAAGACCAACCAAACCUGUACGUAAAUAACUUUAACAGUAUUUCAGCAUCACUGCAACAACAAAAAAAGACCCCCAAAUGAAUGGGUUUUUUGUGUAAAUGGCCUGGGUUUGGAACCUAGUGCUGACUUUUCCUCUACUGUAAUAUUCACAUUCUGUCAAUAUGAUUUACCAGGUGAUCAAGAAUCUUCUUGUUGCCCUGGACCCUUUAAGCAGUGCUGGGAUCUUUCCCUUUAUGCUGUGAAAUGGCCAGAAGGAAAGUAAAGAGGCUGGGUAACGCUCACCUGAAGAAUUGAGAAUUGGCUGUUAAGUCAGUGGAAAAAAAGCUAAAAACCUUUAAUCUAAAUUUAAAAACUUGCACCUUGGAUAUUCGCUUGAUUUAUUGGACUCUGAAGCGGGCAGCAACUCAUGUGCCACUAACAAAAUCAGAUGGACCAAUUUUCAGGGACUUUGUUGUAAAAGAAUACCAUAAAAAUAAUGCCAGAAAUUUCAUAAAAAACUUAUUUUAUAGAUACCUUUAAAAGUUUUGGGUCCAAUGGAUUGGAUGCCGGUUUUUUGUUGUGAAAAGCUUUUUUUUUUUUGAACCGGACCUUCCUUAUUACCAACCGAAGCAUCCCUCUUCCAAGCAGUGAAAUUUCCCAAGGUUCAGGACCUGUAAUGGUUCAAAAUAUUUUGUGCUCCUAAUUCAGUAUGUAGACCACUAAAUUUAUUUCUGUGUGUGUUCACCAAGGCUUUAUUUUAACUAUGCAUUCAACUUUCAAAUUGCACUUUGUGAUUUUGAGACUGCACGAAGGAAUUAAUGAUAUUUAUUGAGCGCUUGUGUGUGAAGUGCACCGUACUAAGGGUUUGGGCAAGUACAAUACAGUGGAGUUGGUACACGUGAUCCUUGCCUUCUAGGGGCUUCCAGUCUAGUGAAUAAAUGUCCAAGUACAGUGAAAGAUAGUGUGUAGUGGCGUCCAUCAAGCUGGCCUUGCUUACAUUGUAUUGAACGGAUCACGAUCAUGAGGAAGUUUCCUCCCUCACCACUGUUUUAAAAUAUAGAUCAGGGAAGUUGGCCUACCGGGGAUAUUGUCAUGUUAAACUUUUCCACAUUAUUUUUGUUUUAAAGGAGCAUUCUGUUGGAUAGUUUGCUAAUACUGUUCCAUUCUUGGCCCUAUAACUCUUAACAGUGUAAUUCCCUUUCCAAAAUCUGAAUUCCUAUGCGAGUGUUGGUUAAAUUGGGAAUACCUUCUAUGGAAGAGUAAAAACAACUGUUUUAAAAUAGCAGUUACUGAAGAUCUUUGAUAAGCUGGCACCUUUUGAAGAGGGCUUUGAAUGCAUUUCAGUGGUCCCAUUAUGCUUAAAUAUAUGUUACUUGGACAGAUGAAAGUAAAUUGGAGGGCACAUCAUUGUUCAGAUAAAGACUCUACACCAUAAAAUCCUGUUUAGAAGAAUAUGGGUCUCUUAAAAUCUUCAUUUCUUGUGUUGGGAAUUUGUAAUAGCCAAUUUCAAGAGAACAUUCUAAAAGAAAUUGACCCAAAAUUUGAAUUCUUCUAAAAUGUCUGCAUGUUACUAUAUUAAAAUUUCAACAGAAACGACUAAUAUUGUGAUAUCGUUUAAUAAUGGGUGUUGGUGCUAUAGAGAUGUGGCCAAAGUCCGGUCUACUGUACCGACAAGGUUGUCUAAUUCUUUCUAAGGUGCCUAUUUUGUAAGACAAUCUAAGCGGUUAGUGUCAAAUAGAAUGCAAUAAUUUUCAGGGAAAGUCAUAUUUUUUGACACAGGGACUACAAAUUUCAGUAAUUCUGACGAUGUGGUUUCCUUUAUUGAUGCGUAUGUGGUCUGGGUUAGCCGUUGUAUAUUCUGUCCAGUGAGUUGGGUACCAAUAAACCCUUCUCUGUGAGAGCUGGGUGGCUUGGGGGAUUUAAAGUGAAGUGAAAAAGCCCCUCUGAAUCUGAUUCAGACCAACAGUGGCCCCAAUGCGAUGCAUCCUAAUUGACUUUUCAUGGUGUAGAGGUCAGGGAUUCAAGGGUAUAGAAAUGUAGCUUCUUUCUUAAUGAAAGAAACCCUCUCUAGUCAGUGAUUGUUUUUGGGGGGAGUUUGUACCACUGUUGCUCCCUCCACUGUACCUUUUUAGUGGAUAAGUGUCAGUCUCUCCAGCAACAUUCCUAAGCACCAAUUUCACUUUGUCUUAAAAAGGAAAAGAAAUCUGAGUUUUAGGUUUUAGAAUUUGGGAUAAUACACACGGACUUCAGCCAAACUAGUGGAUUUCAUUUUCAGGAGCCUUUCAAUAGCUGAUACUUUUCAGGCUGCAGUUUUUUCGUUUUGGGAUAUUUUGGGGUGGGGGCAGUUGAAUUACAGUGGUUUAUUAAAAUAACGCUCUGAAGCUUAUGGAAAUAUAUUUUUUGUAACAGUGCAUAGUCUAUAUCACAUCGAGUUCAGAUGCUGAAAAGCACAAAGGAAAUCAUUGCUAUAUGCCCAAAACGUAUUGUAAAUGUUCUACUUUAAAGAUUAUGCCGUAAUGGGGAGAGGCUGAAAGCCGUGAACUCCCUAACAAUGAUAUUUGAAUAAUACUAAGUGUUGUAAAUUACAAACUCGAGUCAGGUCAGUUAAGUUUCUUUUAUGGAAACAUGGAUUAAGUACUGUACUUCAAGUAUUUAGAGAAUAUUAGCGCUAUAUACUGUAAAAUAAAGUAAUUCAAUAAUUGUGGUAUCUUAAUAAAGUUUAUAAAAUAUU